GUCCAACAAAAGUUCUUAGAAUGCAAAGAAGACACAUGCGCUGUUCUUGAAGAUGAAAUAGAAAACAGAAUAGAUGAGCUAUUAAAGGACAAAGAACUUUUACAUAAAUAUGGUUCUGAGAAAUUUGACGUCUCACCACCAGAAAAGAAGAAGAAAGAAAAGAAAGAGAAAAAAGAAGAAGAGAAGAAAGAACCUGAACCAGUUCCAGAGAAAAAGAAAUUUGACAUGUAA